AUGGCGAGCUUUCUCAGAGGCAAGCAGUCGGGCAUGUCGAAUGACUUGUCCGCCAACAUCCUGCCGGAGCUGUUCGCGCCAGAUGACAGAUUCCGAUAUGGCAUCAACUCCCAGAUUAGCUGCAUCGCUUACGAGCCCGUUCAGUCCCUCAUCGCCAUCGGUACGAGAGAGUCAAAGUUUGGAACCGGGAGGAUCGAGGUCUACGGCCAGAGCCGAGUGCACAAGUUCCUAGUCCCGCCGCGACCCUGUUCGUUCGCCGACCUGCAGUUCUGCGCCAACCGCUUGGUAAGCUUGGACACCAAGAACGAAAUUCUGAUAUGGAAUCUGGAUACGGGAGCUCGCGUGAAUGGAUUCCACGCCUCUGGGGUCGUCACUUGCAUACUGACCGACCCCAUGCUGGAUUGGUGCUUCAUCGGCACCGCGAAUGGCGAGGUUGUCGCUUACGACUUGGACCGCGAGCGCCUCUCACCCUUGAAACUUCCAAACUUCUGGCUGGAGAGGGACCCGAAAGCAAGAGCCGUUGGCCUGGUGUCGAUGCAGCUGCACCCCCGAGACAUCGGCAAGCUCAUGAUAGCGUACACGAACGGUGUAGCUUUCUACUCGUUCAAACAGAAUCGAGCCACCCAAUUCUUCGAGUAUCAAGCUCCGCCGGGCGCACCUGGCGGCAGUGGUAUUGCCGUCGACUCCCUGAGAAAGCCAAAGGUCACACACGCUGUCUGGCACCCUACGGGCACCUUCAUCGCGACUGCACAUGAUGAUGGAAGCCUGGUUAUCUGGGACGCCAGGGACGGGCGAGUCGUCAUGGCACGCACGCUAUAUGAAAUGAACAUCGACAAGCCCGUUCCAAACGCGGCAACUUCGAGCCCGAAGCAUCCCUAUCUUCGCAUUGCCUGGUGCUGCAAGGAAAACCCCGAGGAUUCCGGUCUUCUGAUUGCCGGUGGUCAGUCUCUGGACAACCCGGCGAAUGGUUUGACAUUCAUCGAACUAGGCGUGACACCUAAUUACCAGACCUCUUCGUGGCAGGUACUCGCAGACUAUUGUAAAGGGAGAAAAACCGGCGUCCUCGAGACGCCUCCUGGUGCAGAGGUCAUGAAUUUCUUCUUGAUUCCACGAUUCUCGCCACAUUUCAAUGGAGCUCAGGAUCCCAUCGCUGUCAUCACACUUUUGUCCUCGGGCGAACUUCUCACCAUGAGCUUCCCCAGCGGGUACCCCAUAUCCCCGACCAACCAGCUCCAUCCAUCUCUCUCAUUUGUCCAUCCAUUCGCCGUCAAGUUUGCUGUAGCCACAUUGGAACGCGGGAGAUGGCUGGGUAUGGUUGAGACACGCAACCAAGGGGACGCCCUUCUGAAAGGUGGCAAAGAGGCGCCGUUACCACACCGACGCUUUGCGGGGCGAAGUAUCAUUCAGGUUGCCCACGCCGAUGGUACUAUUCGGAUAUGGGAUGUCGGUCACGGUGAUGAAAUCGAGAAUCCUACCCAGCUGCAAGUCGAUGUAGCAAGAUCACUGAACAGGUAUGACGAUAUCAACGUCACCACCAUGAGCAUGGCGUCCAACACAGGAGAGUUUGCGGUCGGCACGCAAGGCGGAGAAGUCAUAAUCUACCGCUGGGAGGGAAAUAGGUUCUUCGGACGUAGCCAGGAGCAACAUCUCGAUCCAAAUCCGGGCGGUCUCACUGACAUCAGCACUCGAACGGAACCUUCACUCAAGCAAGGACUUCAGCCAUCUCAUCUCUACGAGAUGAUGCAAGGCCCCAUCAGCGUGGUCAAGGUGGCCGAUGUCGGAUUCAUCGGCGUUGGCUCAGAGAACGGCUUCUUUAGCAUCAUUGACAUGCGGGGGCCGUCUGUCAUACUCCAAGUGUCCAUGGUCGACUUCGCAAAGCAGGACAAGCGCUCUUCCUUCCUCCGCGGCAAUGCCAAUUCGUCCGGUGCCAAGGAAUGGCCGGUAAUUGUGCAGUUCGGCGUCAUGACACUCGAAGGUGACAAGUACUCCAGUAUAUGCUGUUUCGUCGGUACCAGCCAGGGCAAGGUCAUAACCUUUACCCUGCUUCCGUCCGGCAACGGCUACACCGCGAAGGUAGCUGGUGUAACACAGAUGAAUGAUAAGGUUAUUGCCAUCUGCCCUAUUGUUGCCGACACAGGCAAGCCAGCAUACGCGACGGGCCAUGCGGUUGCAGGCCUUCGGGAGGGCAAGCAGGUGAACGGUCUACUUGUUGCUGUAACUCAAUCGGAAGCACGCAUCUUUAAGCCGGCCUCAGCAAAGGGCGCAUCCAAGUCUUUCGACGAUUACCUCUGUGAUGCCGCCGCAGUUACUGAGUUUGAUUUGCACGGCAUGGCUUUGGUGGGCGUAUUUGGCGACCGUAUCACACGCGCUUUCUCUCUGCCAGGCCUCAAGGAGAUUGGCAGUGCACCUUUGAAGAUGAUGGAUGGCAGCAGAGCCACAGACUCGAUUGUUGACGAAGACGGAAAUUUGUUCUGCUGGACAGGACCCUCCGAAAUUGCCGUGCUGAACGUCUGGGGCGCCGGUCAAGAGAUUGAGAACACGGCGGAUAUCCUCAUCAACCCAGAGCUCCGCAUACCACCGCGUCCAACAAUCUCCAAUGUGCAGUGGCUGUCUGGAACGCAAUACAUUACGCCCACCGACCUUGACCUUCUCAUCGGCGGUCCCGACAGGCCCCCUAGCAAGCGUAUGAUUGCAGCGACUGCUGCUGAGAAACGUGCCGCGGCAUCGGGGCAGCUGAGCCCCGGAUACCCUCGAACACAGGAGGCAGAGGGAUGGGGUGACUACCUCACCAGGUCCUUGAACGAGCGCACGCAGAAGCUCAACCUCAUGGGCGACAGUAUGGACAGCGCGGCAGAAGCCAGCCAGCGAUGGGCUGAGGAUGCGUCAAAAUGGGCAGGUCAGCAGAAGCGAAAAAUGAUCUUGGGUGGGCUCACGAGCAAAUUCUUGUAG